AUGGCUUCAACUGAUAAUUUAUCAUCAAGCAGCCUAGCAACAGUUGCUUCCCAAGUGAAAUUCUCAGAGCUGUGUGGACUUCUAGAAAAAAUACAGAAAACACAAGGCAAUGACAAGAAGAGGAGAAUCCUGAAAGAUUUUUUUGACAAAUGGAGAGAAUUUCACCUUCGCCUUCAUGAAAAUGACAAAAACACAGUGGACUCAGUCUAUCCGGCCGUGAGAUUGUUGCUGCCACAUUUAGAUAAAGAAAGAGUUGCAUAUGGUAUCAAAGAGCACACAUACGCCAAGCUAUUAAUUGAGGUCCUCUGUCUUGGCAAAGACAGCCCAGACGCAAAUCUACUUUUACAUUACAAAGCUCCAAAGACAGCUCGGGCAGAAGCUGGAGAUUUUGCCAGUGUGGCUCAGCGUGUUUUGAAAAAUCGCUGCCCUGACAAAGGGUUGCUUACAAUUGAUGAGGUGAAUAGAGAUCUUGAUGCUAUAGCUAUUGCUAACACUAGCAAGGCUAAAGAUACUGUACACAAGCACAUGGUUCAUUUGUUGACAUCACUGAGUGCAACAGAACAGAAAUGGCUCAUUCGGAUGAUUAUGAAAGAACUCAAGGUAGGACUGAGCCAGUCAUCUGUUCUCAAUGUGUACCACCCUGAUGCUGAGGAGUUAUAUAAUGUGAACAACAACUUAGAAAAGGUGUGCCUAGCACUCAGGGAUCCCAAGACAAGAGCUCAUGAAGUUGGCAUUACCAUCUUCUCACCAUUUUCUCCAAUGCUAGGGGAGAGAGCUUCUCCUGAUAAAGUGGAAGAAAUUAUGGAGAAGAGCAUGUACUUCAUAGAAACUAAAUAUGACGGAGAACGAUUCCUUCUUCAUAAGAAUGAAAAUGAAUAUAAAUAUUUCUCAAGGAAUGGUAAUGAAUACACCCAUGUCUUCGGCUCAAAUAUUUUUGAUGGAACGCUUACUCCAUUUAUUGCCAACUGUUUUAAAAAAGAUGUUAAGAAAUGUAUCUUGGAUGGAGAAAUGUUGGGGUUUCACGCAGCUUCAAACACUUUCGGAACUAAAGGUGAACAGUUUGAUGUUAAAUCUCGAGAUGUUGUAGAACGGUCUGGUUAUCAACCCUGCUUACAAGUGUUUGAUAUUUUGCUGCUGAAUGACAAGGUUUUAACCAACUGCCCAUUAAAAGAACGGUUGCCUUUACUUGAGGAUGUGUUCUCACCGGUAGAAGGACGCAUUGUUAGAUCAGUCUACAAACCUGCCUAUACAAACCAGGAAUGUGCUGAUGCACUUAAUGAGGCUAUUGAUAAUAAAGAAGAAGGUAUUAUGGUCAAGCUGGCUGAUAGUGUCUACAGACCAAACACCAGAAAAGGUGGUUGGUUUAAGAUCAAACCUGAGUAUGUUGGAGGUUUAACUGAUGAACUAGACCUUCUCAUCGUUGGGGGGUACUUUGGUGUUGGUCACAGAGGAGGAAUGAUGUCGCACUUCUUGUGUGCAGUUGCGGAACCUCCUGUUGAGGGAGAGAAACCAAGUGUUUUUCAUUCUUUUUGUAAAGUGGGGUCUGGCUACAGUAAGAAACGGCUUAGAGAUUUCAACAUACAGCUUGCUCAGCAUUGGCAAGUUUAUGACAAAAAGAACCCACCAGAACACCUCAAGCUAGCUUCAGGAUUUAAGGAAAAACCUGAUGCCUGGCUGCUUCCAGAGAAGUCCUGUAUUGUACAAGUUAAAGCUGCAGAAAUUAUUGAGAGUGAUCGUUUCAAAGCUGGAUGCACUUUACGGUUUCCUAGAGUAGAAAUGAUCAGAGAGGAUAAGCAGUGGUAUGAGUGCAUGACAACGACUGACAUCGAAACCCUCAAACAGAAGUCUGGAGGCAAAUUGGCAGGCUCUAGGUUUGAGUUAGACAUGACAGAGGAACCUACAAAAAAGAAGCGAAGAACUGCACAUCAAACUGUAAAGCCAAAGUUAAUGGAACAGUUCAAAGGAAUAGACACGUCUACAGUAAUACAGGUUUCCAAACUGUUAGAAGGCAAGGAAUUCUGUAUAAUUAAUGGGCCAUUACAUUUUCCUAAACACAACUUAGAAGAAAAGGUUGUUGAAAUGGGCGGAGUUGUUGUACAAAACCCAGACACUAAAACACUCUGUGUCAUUGCUGAAGCUGAUAAACUAACAGUGAGGGUCAAGAAUUUGAUAAAGAACAACAAAUAUGACAUUGUGAAAGCAGACUGGUUGGUAAAAGUAAUUGAAUCAAACACUUGGAUUCCAUGGUCUCCUGCAGAUAUGAUAAGUGUGACUCCAGCUACACAAAAGGUGUUCCAGCAGGGGUUUGACCAGUAUGGUGACAGUUACACAGCCUUGACAACAGAGGAUGAACUCCAGAAUGUUUUCAAAAGAAUAAACAAUGUUGAACCACUGUCUGAGGAAGAAAUAGUGGAACUGGAAGAGAAAUAUUUUCCCGAUGACUCACCUUAUGGGCUGUUUAGAACAUGCAGAAUCUAUAUUGACAGUAAUUUGGUUCUGAGUUUUCCAGACACUCAUAUCAAGAACUGCCCUUUGGAUUUGCUUCAGCUAGAGCUACGAUUCUUUGGAGCCACUGUGACAGAUAAAUUGGACACAAGAGUAUCGCAUGUUAUUGUCCAUGAGAAGGACUUGAGUAGAAUUGCUCAGAUGAAGGAAAUCCGUCACUCAAGACAGAAGAAGUUCCAUAUAGUGAAAGAAGACUGGGUUAGAGCCUGUAUGGAAGAGGGAACUGUCUGCUCUGAGAGAAGCUAUGAGCUUUAA